AGUUCAAAAUCACAUCUGAUAUUUUUGCAAUUUCCGAAGUGAACUUUCCAAGUGAAUAACCGCGUUUUUUCCCUGUAAUUCCUGACUUUAGUCGUAUCUCACCCAUCACCAUGUCUGCCAACCAACGUGUUGUUCAGGAGGAGCACAAGGUUUAUGCUGACGGAAGCGAGAAGCAUGUCGUUACCGAUGAAGUGAAGGACGGACGUUCCCUGGGCCAGAAGAUCGACGAUGCCAAGGCCGCCUUCAACACCACCGACAAGCUCCAGAAGCAGGAACAUGAGAAGCACGAGAUCCGUGACGGCAAGGAAGUGCACACCAAGAGCACGGAAGUGAAGGACGCCCGCAGCCUGGGCGAGAAGAUCGGGGAUGCCAAGGACGCCUUCGUGGGCAAGUAAAGCGCCCGGGCAUGGAAUUUCUCAUUCCUGUUUUUUGUUUUUUUUUAUUUCAAGCCAAAUUUGAUGGUUCGCUCUCUGUGCGGUGGUUUUGUGCUGAUUACUUCCGGUAGAGAAUUUCCUGCGCGACUCUUUUAACCCGCUUUGUGUUUUUGGUCUCAAUUCUUGUGGAAUUCCAGAUCAUUUCUAAUUUUUUUAAAAGGUUAUGUGAAUGUUCGGAAUGUCAGUUGAAGAGACGAAAAUUCCACUUUCUGGUGGAA